AAAGCAAUAUUCAUUAAACAAUAUCACAUAUAAUGUAAAUUUUUUACUUGUUAUAAUUAAUUUUCUUUAAAGAUCAAAAAUGGAAAAUUAUACAUCAGAUAGUAGUGACAAUGAUAAUCAAAAUAAAAUAAUUGAUUUCUCAAAAUUAAAUCAAAGUGAACAAGUGAUCGAAGACAAUUUAGAAUACAUAUUAAAUUCAAAUAAAUCAUCUAUACAAGAUAUUGAAAUUAUGGUAUUAAGUAAUAACCAAUUGAAAAUAAUACCAAAUAGUUUAUCAAACUUUACAUGUUUAAAAUCAUUAGAUAUUAGUUUUACUGGUGUUAAAAGUUUACCCGAAUCAUUAAUACAAAUACCAUUAUCUUCAUUGAUUGCUAAAAAUAAUCAAUUACGUAAUGAAACUUUACCAAAAUUAUUACCAGUAACUUUAAAAGAAUUAAAUUUUAGUGGAAAUAUGUUUCAAUAUUUUCCGGAUCAAGUGUUAGAAAUGCCAAUAUUGAAAUAUUUAUAUUUAGGUGGUAAUCAAAUUAAUUCAAUACCAAAAGAAGUAAAAAAGUUAACAAAUUUACAAAUACUAUCAAUGGGAGGAAAUAAACUGGCCGAAAUACCAGCAUCACUUGGAGAAUUAAGACUUCUACAGGCAUUAGUUCUAAGUGACAAUGAAAUUGAAUCAUUACCAGCCAGCCUUGGAAAUUUACAUCAAUUGAAAUCAUUACUAUUACAUAAGAAUAAACUUCGGACACUUCCACCAGAUAUCAUAGCACUUAAAAAUUUACAUGAGUUAAGUUUGCGUGAUAAUCCACUUGUAGUACAAUUCGUAAGUGAUAUGACAUAUAAUCCAGCAACAUUAAUGGAACUGGCAGCACGUGUUGUAAAAGUAGCUGAAAUACCAUACAAUCCCAGAACAAUACCAUUCACUGUUUGCAGUUAUUUAAAUAGCGCACACUGUUGCGUGAACCCCAAAUGUAAAGGUGUGUACUUCGAUAAUCGAGUGGAACAUAUUAAAUUCGUCGAUUUUUGUGGAAAAUAUCGAAUACCCUUAUUACAAUAUUUAUGUUCAUCCAAAUGUGCAGCUACAGGCAGUAUUGAUAAAUCAAUGGCUGGACCAAGUCAACUUCCUAAUAGACAAAUGUUACGAAAAGUUCUAUUGGGUUAAUUGUGAUUUUUUAACACUUCCAAUUCUGCAAGAAAAUACGUAAAAAAUGUAAUUUUUAUAUUUGAUUUUUAUAUAGUGCCCAUUAGUAUAUUAUGUCAUUGAUAAAUAUACGUCUAGAAAAUUAUACUUAGAUUAGCAAUUUUUUUCUCUGUGAAAAUUAUACCACUGGAAAAAGUCAAAGUAAGAAUAAGUAACUCAUACAAAAAUUUCUAGAAGUGUUUUUACCAAUAACAUAAAAUCCUGACGGGCAUCUUAUCUAUAAAGAAGUAUUAGUUAAGACCUUACCAAAGGAGGCCAGCUAGAUAAUAUUUUGAGACAAGGUGACCCACAGAAGAGAAUAUACACAAGCGGUGGCUUGAUUAGAUUGCAGUGUUGUGUCGAUAUUCUACCUGUAGUGAGUGCUCUGCACUCUAGCCACUAGGCAAUCCACGAACCCUUAUAAAUAAUCAAACAAAUAACUAGAUUUGGUUUUCUGGCACCUAGUUAGUCUCCUCCAGUGUGUCCUUAACCUAAUACAGAGUUUCGCCAAAUUUGGCUUAGGUUAAAGUUAAAGCCCUCAAAUCUGAAAGCAAAGCUUUACUAGACGCAUUUUCCUUUAAACAAAAUGCUAGUCUCGGCGUACACUUCUAUUUACUUGAAUUCUGAUCAUUUAUUCAAGAACACCAUGUCUUACUUUCCAAAACCUUAUUUUAAAUUUUGCAAUUUAUAACUGUAUUUACUACCGACUUUAUUCUAACAAAUACAAUUUGUGAAAUUACCAUCGAAGACGUCGUGGAUUAUUUAUCUGUAUCCAAUUGAAAGAAAUCGCACUGUUUAAAUCAAUGAAAUUAAAAAUAUUUAAAAUUUUAAUUCAAAAAAUUAUUAAUUUAAAAUAUAAAAAUUUUAAAUCUGUGAAAUAUUGGUCCGUCACCCUCCCAAAAAAUGUGGCUUAUAUAGUAUCGCUAACAUCAGUUUCUAAAUUCGAAAAAGAAUGAAAAAGGCAAUCGGAGAUCACCCCCCUUACCAAUUUGGUAUUAAAAAUAUAUCUAAAAAUUUUAUAAUUAUUUUUAAACUUAUUAAAUUCCAUUAUGUUACCAUUAUUCUGAUUGGAAUUGAUCGAUUUACUUUUUUCCUAAUAAAUCUUGAAAUUUCCAAUACAAAGUUAUUGUUAAAAAAUUUGU